AUGGCGACACCUUCGUCGCCAGAUGCCGUGCGGGAUGCGCAAAACCCCCAAAUUGAACAAGGCAAAGAAGUAGUUGAACAUUCUGACGAGGCAAACGAAAAAGAGGUAGACGACCCAUACUUCCAAGACCCAGAAAAAGCGACAGAGAGUCUACCGCAGUCGACGCAUUCGAACGAAGAGAUGAUCACCGGUCCCAUCCCCGUCGAACAAGGCCAACACCAAGAACAAGCUGACCAAGACCCCAACAUUGUAGACUGGGACGGACCUGAUGACCCAGAUAACCCUCAGAACUGGACUGCGAAGAAGAAAUGGGGAAUCGUCCUCCCCCUCGGUCUCAUCACCUUGAUUACACCACUGGCCUCGUCCUUCUUUGCUCCGGGUGUACCCCUAGUACUACGCGAGUUCAAGGAGAGAUCAAGUGUCAUCGCCACAUUCGUCGUGUCAGUCUACAUUCUCGGGUUCGCCAUCGGCCCCGUGGUCAUUGCACCCCUGUCUGAGCUGUACGGCCGCAUGCCCAUAUACAACAUCUCAAACGUCCUAUUCGUCGUCUUCAGCAUUGCAUGUGCCAAGUCCACAUCCAUAGGCAUGCUCAUCGCCUUUCGUUUUCUCGGUGGAUGCGCAGGCGCUACGCCUGUGACCCUCGGUGGCGGUUCAAUCGCAGACAUGUUUCCCCAGGACCAACGCGCGGGCGCAAUGGCAAUCUGGUCCAUGGGUCCACUGCUGGGCCCCGUCGUCGGCCCAAUUUGCGGCGGAUUUCUCGUCGAGAACCUCUCCUGGCGCUGGGUCUUUUGGAUCCUGGCAAUCACCGGUGGCGCCGCUGGCCUUCAUCUCUUCGCCGUCGGCCGCGAAACCUACCAGCCUGUGCUGCUGGCACGCAAAGCAGCGGCCCUAAGGAAGUCCACCGGAAACCCUGCCCUGCGUUCCAAACUCGCCCAAGACCUGCCCGCAAAGGAAAUUUUCAUCCGUGCCAUUGUGCGCCCCAUGAAGAUGCUCCUCCUGUCUCCCAUUAUCGGCCUCAUGAGCUUGUACGUUGGAAUCAACUACGGCAUUCUCUACCUCUUCUUUACAACAAUCACCUUUGUCUUUAAAGACCAGUACGGAUUUUCCUCUGGAGCUAUCGGCCUGGCGUACAUUGGGCUCGGCAUAGGCAUGAUAACCGCCAUGAUCCUCGUGGGCUUCUUCUCCGACAAGAUCAUCUUAAAGCACCAGAAAAACGGCAGGACAAAGCCCGAGCAUAGACUUUCGCUCGUACUUGCACUCCCUGGCGCGAUUGGCCUGCCUAUUGGCGUCAUCGUCUACGGUUGGACUACAAAGUACAAGGUGCACUGGAUUGUACCCAUCAUCUUCAUGUCGUUGGUCGGCGCCGGCAAUGUCAGUGCCAUGAUGACGAUCCAGACAUACCUUGUUGAUUCCUUUACCAUCUAUUCUGCCUCGGUCAUUGCUGCAAAUACCAUUCUCCGAUCCAUGUUUGGCGCCUUCCUGCCCCUCUGUGGUUUGAGCAUGUACAAUGCGCUAGGACUGGGCUGGGGUAAUUCACUCCUUGCCUUCGUUAGCAUGGCCUUCAUCCCCGUUCCCAUCUUGUUUCGAAUCUAUGGUGAGCGGAUUAGGACGAAUAAGCGAUUUCAGGUGCAGUUUUAG